CAGACACGCAACGACGACGAAAGAGACAAGCAACACGAAGACUUCAGGCUGGGAACCCAACCCAGUCAAUGCUACAGUACUACCUCAUUCUAGAAUUCUUCGCUUGAUACAUCCAUCGCAACAAACAUGGCGGCCCGCGCAACGUACAACUUCACCAAGACGUGGCUCACGGACCCGUCGACGUACCCCAUCAUCGCCAUCAUGACAGUCGCGCUCACCGGCGCGUCGUUCACCAUGAUGCGGUACUCCACCCAACACCCCGAUGUGCACUUCGACAAGGACCGCCGUCAAGACUUCUUCACGUAUCAACCCGGCGAAGGCGAGCACUGGCGCGCUCAUCGGUUCACGUUGGCCAACGGCAAGCGCAACCCGAUCAACCAGUCUCAACUGUUCGACCCCAUGUUCGAACGCCCGGAAAACCACCACAUCCACCGCUAAGCACUAGCCCCGCUUCUAUUUUACUGUUAACGUUAAUACAUGUUGUGACUUUCACUAACAUA